AUGCCGAUAUGCAUCACAUGCAGCACGCCCGUAAAGGAGCUGUACACCAUAUACAGCAAAGCCGACGACCGAACACUCGGAAAGGGGGUCCGUCUCACCCAAUGUCCCAACUGCAAACGCUUUGCCGACAAGUACGUCGAGCACGACUUUGUCGUCUUGUUCAUCGACCUGGUCUUGAUCAAACCCCAAGUGUACCGCCACCUCCUGUUCAACCGGCUCGGACGCUCCGACGACAAAUUCGACCCGAGCAUCCUGAGACUCGGCACCCUACUGGUCCUGUUUGACGUGUACAUCACCUGGGCGCGCGUCGAGCAGUCCAACGCCGGGAGCGGUGGCCGGGUCGACGACUCACGCCUCAGCGAGAUGCCGAUCCUGGCACAAUAUCUCUUCUUCCUGACGAUGAAUGUCCUGGCGACGUGCGCGCAGCAUGGAAUCAUCCGCCUGUUGACGAGAAUCCUGUCGUCUAACCAGCCCACGCAGAGUCAGGGCCAUGUCCAUGAGGGCGCGCCGCCGCCAACCCCAGCAUCCACUACGACUGCGGCGAGCCAUGCGAACCCUAGCGCCAUCAGCACCGCCUUGCUCGUCUCGAGCUGUACCAAGCUGUUCCCUAUCCUGCUGGUCAUAUGGCCGACAGAGGCGAAUGAGGGUGACUCAUUUGGGUUUGCGUUUCGGGCGACGAACUAUGUGGGCUGGGCCGUGCUCCUCAACAAUAUCGAGGCGCUGUUGAUUCUUCUCGACUGUGGCUAUGUCGUAGCGACUGCGUUGGCAAUCUCGGGUUUUCUUGCAAGGUGGAUGGUAGAAGGGUGGUUCUUGAGUUUCGUAGGGUCAGCGGGGGAUACUGGACCGGUGGGAGACCUGCUUGCUGCCUACUCCUUCAUGAGAGCGUGGCUAGGCAUAGGUUGA